AACACGGUGGUCCGUGAGCACAAUCGCCACCUGUCCCCAGAUCGAUUUUAUCGAAGCCCCGGAACCUCGCUCUCUCCGCCAAGACUCUUGGACGCCGACCCUCAACUGCUUUCUCCUCUCCCUCCUUUAUAAUCUCUCUCUCUCUCCUCCCUCUCAUCGCUUUCUCUCUCUAAAAAAACAAUGGCAAUGGCUCUUCAAACCUCGGCCAUCGCCUCCGCCUCCCUCAACCCCGCCGCCUCCAACAAACUCCGGAUCGGAUCCAUCACCGGACCUCCCUCAGGGUGGAGGAGGAGCGUUCUGGUCGUCAGAUCUGAUGCUAGGCAGCGGGGAUGCGGCUUGAUUAGCAACGCAGUUGCAGAGAAGGCCGCUGCGGCUGCGACCUCGAAACCUGGCCACGAGCUUCUGUUAUUCGAGGCUCUAAGAGAAGGUCUUGAGGAAGAGAUGGAGCGAGAUGCUAAAGUAUGUGUUAUGGGCGAAGAUGUUGGCCACUACGGUGGCUCCUACAAGGUGACCAAAGGCUUGGCCACAAAGUACGGAGAUCUCAGAGUCCUCGAUACUCCAAUAGCUGAGAACUCAUUCACUGGCAUGGCCAUUGGCGCAGCAGCCUCCGCUGGUCUAAGGCCAGUCAUCGAGGGCAUGAACAUGGGUUUCCUAUUGCUAGCCUACAACCAAAUCUCCAACAACUGUGGCAUGCUCCAUUAUACCUCCGGUGGCCAGUUCACCAUCCCGGUUGUUAUCAGGGGUCCUGGUGGUGUUGGGCGUCAGCUUGGUGCCGAGCACUCUCAGCGUCUCGAAUCCUACUUCCAGUCCAUCCCUGGCCUCCAGAUGGUCGCAUGUUCGACCCCUUACAAUGCCAAGGGUCUCAUGAAAGCAGCCAUCCGGAGUGAAAACCCUGUAGUCCUCUUUGAACACGUGCUCCUCUACAAUCUCAAAGAAAGAAUCCCUGACGAAGAGUACAUCUGUUCUUUAGAGGAGGCAGAAAUGGUGAGGCCCGGAGAGCACGUAACCAUCCUCACAUACUCUAGAAUGAGGUAUCAUGUUAUGCAAGCAGCAAAAACUUUGGUUAACAAAGGGUACGAUCCUGAGGUUAUUGACAUCCGAUCUCUAAAGCCAUUUGAUUUAUAUACCAUCGGGAACUCCAUCAAAAAGACGCACAGGGUGCUUAUAGUCGAGGAGUGUAUGAGAACGGGUGGGAUCGGGGCAAGCUUGAGGUCUGCGAUCAUUGACAAUUUCUGGGAUUAUUUGGAUGCUCCGGUGAUGUGUUUGUCGUCGCAGGAUGUGCCCACGCCGUAUGCUGGCACACUGGAAGAGUGGACUGUGGUCCAGCCGCCACAAAUUGUGGCCGCCGUUGAGCAGAUCUGCAAGUAGGUUUGGUGGAGUUGUGAUGUUCUUGAUUGAAUGGAAUUAUGAUGUUUAUUGAUUUUAGAGGUUUUAGGGUUGAAAGAUUUAAAUAACGUUUUACUGUUUUGUAUGGCAGUUGGAAAAUUUUGUGUGUUAUUAAAGUUUUUGUUGUGAUAAUUAUGAACAUGGAGGUUGAAAACUUUCAUCUUGUAUUCUUGUGGGCGGGUAAGGUUUCUAAUUAGGAUGUUGAAACUAUUUUUAUAUGAAAAGUCUGAUAAGGUUUUAGGGCUGGUGAUUGUUCUU